AUCUGCCAACUCCAACUAUUAGCAAGCGCCUUUCAUCACUGCCGAACCUUAUCGUUAUUCUCCAAAUCUAUAUACCCCUUUUGCAGUCAAUUACUGCAAUUCAUUAAGUCCACUGCGCUGUUUAUCACAUCAGUCCACAUCCUCAAUUCGACGUAAUCAUCUUGUUAGACCUGGCAGCCAUCGAGUACACACUUUAGGUCUCAAGUCGAUACAAUCCUUCCAAGGUUGAGCUCCAGAAUACAGAAAAAAACCUUCAAAUCGCAAUUGUUUUUUUGGGCACUGCCGCCUAACCGUCAACAUGGCCGACGCACACGGCUCUACUACUCCUCCACCGCCAUCCCGCAUCCGCACUCCUCCAACUCCUCGCCUCGGUUACCAAGACCACUGGGAACCUUUUUCGCCUCGCAAGUCUGCACGCAUUUCAUCAAAACGAACAAGGACUCCAUCUCCCGGCGCAUCAGACCGUCAACCUCGAUCACCUCAAACCGCCAAAAAGCCUACUAAGCACCUGAGCGCUGGUAUCGCCUCACCUAUGACGCAAAAGAAGCGUGUACCCGCCAACGAUUUUGUUCGUCGCGCAACGGAAAACAUGCAUGCUGAAACUUCUCGAGAUGGCGCCAGCCGUCGCACUCAUGAACGAUCCAGCUCUUCCGUUAUCGCCACUGGUGGCAUGCUUCCUACGCCAUCAAAGACACCUCAAAAGCCACCCACUGAGAAGAAGGCUGCCCACAUAAAAGCAGUUGCCCGCAACCUUUUUAGCUCUGAUGCCGACGAAGUAACUCUAACUCCCAAAAAGCGAUCUGCCAAGAAGUACAGUGGCUUUUCGUUGGAAAGCUUCGUCGUAGAGGAGAUCGAGGAACCUAUCGAGAUCUUUACCGAUACUCGGGAUCGGGUGCCUGUUCGUGAUGAGCGAGAAGACAACCCUUUCCUCAGUUCAGAAAACCCUUUCUUCAGCGAAGCACCCCGUGCUGGGCCUAGCAAACGUCACGACAAGCGCAAGGUCAAGGUUCCCGGAGAGGGCGUGAAGACCGUGGAUGAACUCGCCGACCGUAAGGAUGGUAUGGUGUACACAUUCCGUGGCAAGAGAUUCUUCCGCAAAUUCACUGAGCAUGAGGUUGAAGAUCUGGAUGAGAUCCAAGCUGCAGAGGAAGACCCAGAGGCUCACGUCCGUCGUCCUUUGACGCGAGCUUCGAUCAAGCCUCGUCUCCUUUUCCAGGAUGUCAAGACGGAGGAGCAGAUCGAAGAAGAAGAAGCUGUAACGGAUGUGGAAGAGAACGUCGAGGAACUGGCUUGCCCAGCAACGCCGACAGUGUCCAAGAAAGAGCGUGAAUCUACUCCUGAAGCGCCCAAAUUCGCCCCAGCUUCACCACCGUCCACCCGACGAGUGACUCGAUCUGCCAACAAGCUGACAGAUGAGAGCGCACCCGUCAUCAAGCGGCCCAGCAAGCGAAGCCCCUUCGAUUCCUGGCGACGAACAAAGGAAAGCGCCCCCAAAUCCCCAUCGCGCAAACGGUCGGGAGAAAGCAUCGACACCAGGGAGACUAAGCGCACUCGCGUUUAGGUCAACCCUCUCGGUUUAUAGCGUUGCAUUUGCUUUUUUACCACAUUCUCGCAUCACAGUCAAGUGGCUGUUCCACGACAAUUCAUAAUUCUGCAUAUGGGAAUUUCCCUAUCUUUCGCCUUGUAAUGGAAAUUAUCACUGGCUUUAUCACGGCGUUGGCUGGAAUUAGAGCGUCAAAAGGAUUAGCAGAUUGCUAGUGACGAUGGAAUGUAUCGCACAGGAAGACGACGUAUUGAUUGAUUGGUUGAUGGAUGGAUUGAUACCUAACCUCCGCAGUGGAAGAGAGGAAGCAAGCCCGAGUCUGUUUCGGUUUAUUCUAUUCUAUUUGGUUUGGUAUCGGCUGGUCUGGUCUGGUUUGUUUGGGUUUGACAAGGAAUUUUCCUUAGGCAUAUCUUCGAUUCUGUGAGCCCCGGUUUUAGGUAGUUUUUUUUCUUCAUGAUCGAGUCGUCGGUUGAAUAAAGAAAUCAGACAAGUUCAU